AUAUAUAGAUAGCUAUGUUCCCGCCAUACAAAAAUUCCAGAAAUUGUGCCGGUUCUAUAAACAUAAAACAGAACGGACUUUAAUUGUUGAUGGUCAUAAUUAUUUAAUAGAGAAAUAGUAAUAAAGAUGUAAAAGAACUUCUUUUAGAACUGAGGUUACAUUUCAAGUGAAAUAAUUUAUUUUACAACAAAUUAUUUCAAUAAUGUGCAGAUUUUGUGCUUGUGAACUGUCAAAGGAGGAACUGAGUAAACAAUGUGCCUACAAGAAAGACAAUUUGGAUCAUGAAGUAUCUUGGAGCAAGAACAGCAACUUUGUCGAUUAUCAUCCUUCUACUAUGCAACAGCCAAAGAAUACUGGUUUGCCAGUUAUUAUCAAUGGAAAACAUUUGCAAAGUACUGACAGUAGAAUCUUUUGUCCUAUGUAUUGGAGCCUUAUUCCACCCUGGUACAAGGGUGAUUUGAAAGAUUGGAAUGCUUUGACACAUAAUGCGAGAGUUGAAAAUUUAAAGGAAAGCAAAAUUUAUUCUGCAUCUUUAAGCGAAGGAAAGCGUUGUGUUGUAGUAAUGGAAGGCUUUUUUGAAUAUAAAAAGCCUGGCUCUCAGCCAGCUGAAGUUUAUUAUCUCCAAUCCUUGGAAAACCAUUUAUUAAAAGCUGCUGGACUGUUUAAUAAAAUAAAGAGAGAAAAUGGAGAAACAUUGUACAGUUGCACUGUGAUAACCACAGAAUCAGAAAGUAAUGUAAAACAAGUGCAUCAUAGAAGUCCUUUGUUACUCCACCAAGAUGCAGAUGUAGAGACUUGGCUUAACUUCCAAAGUGUCUCCUCUGCUGAUGCAGUUUCCAAGAUAAAAGCUAAUAAGCAGAUUGACCUUCAGUUUCAUAAAACAUCAAAGAUUGGUUCUAAGGAGCCAGCAACUGCUAAGAAAGUUUUGGCAUCCAAAGGCUUAAUGUCAAAUUGGCUAAAAACCGGAACAAACAAAGGUGUCAAACGCAAAGCAGAAAAUUAAAUUGUUUCGAGUUAAUAAAUUUCGUAAUUAUUUUUGUACUUAAUUUAUCAAAUAUAAAGAUUUGUAUUUUUAUAAA